AUGCCAACUAAGUUUGUGGACCCACAGAAAUCUGCCUCGACGCAGUUUCCGAGCUAUGACAAUAAGACGGAGUCUGAAGCGCAUGAAUUGCAAACGGCGCUGCAAAGCCUUGAAGCAAGGGGAAAAGGUUGGGAGAAAGGAGUGAAGAUUGGAAUGAUGAAAAGCUUUAAUGAGAGGGAAAAAAAGAAGCCUUGGAAUGCUGGAUAUGCGGAGGGGUUUAAACAGACGAAAGCUUCAGCAAUGAAAGAGGGUAUCCGGAUAGGUAGGCGCGAAGGUCGCGAACAAGGACGGAACGAAGAACGCGGAGACGCGCUUGAGGCAUUUGAUAAAUUCUUGGCAGAAGAGAUGGAUGGAAGUGAGGUACAUUUACUCAUGAAGAUCGAAGUACUGCGACUAAUGUUCAACGUUCAUGACCAGCAGAGUGAUCAGAGUGAUUAUGUAAGCGACGCGGAGGUUGGAUGGGCUGGUGGUCACGAGCAUAGGCGAUGUAUGCUUGCCCUCAGCUUCGUCGUAAUUAUCCAAGGUCCUGUGCUCAGUUGGGAGUUGGCCGGAGAGAAUGUGGUUAUCGAUGAAUAUCGCCACGAGUUUAGAACAUAA